AUGCAAAACUGUGAUCUCCCCUCACCCCCAAGAUGGAAGCAAGAGGGUGAGGAAACCUUGCUCCCUUUUUCCGAUAGAACAAGGGUGACCUUCUAUUCUGAUCCCAAAAUGCAGUAUUCGCACCACUGUGAACACCUUUUAGAGAGACUGAACAAACAGCGAGAAGCAGGUUUUCUUUGCGGCUGCACCAUUGUGAUUGGGGAAUUCCAGUUUAAAGCUCAUAGGAACGUGCUUGCCUCCUUUAGUGAAAAGCCAUACAAAUGUGAAUUAUGUGACAAAGGAUUUGCUCAGAAAUGCCAACUAGUCUUCCAUAGUCGCAUGCAUCAUGAGCAUAGUGGAGAGAAGCCAUAUGUCUGUGAUAGAUGUGGACAGAGAUUUGCUCAAGCCAGCACACUGACCUAUCAUGUUCGUAGGCAUACGGGAGAAAAGCCUUAUGUAUGUGGUACCUGUGGAAAGGCAUUUGAUGUUUCUAGUUCUCUUAUUACUCACUCUCGAAAACAUACAGGUGAAAAACCGUAUAUAUGUGGUAUUUGUGGGAAAAGUUUUAUUUCCUCAGGAGAGUUCAACAAAUGCUUUCGUUCCCAUACAGGAGAAAGACCGUUUAUCUGUGAGUUGUGUGGAAAUUCUUAUACAGAUAUUAAGAAUUUAAAGAAACACAAAACAAAAGUUCAUUCUGGUGCAGAUAAAACUCUGGAUUCCAGUGUAGAAGAUCAUACCUUGGGUGAACAAGAUUCCUUACAAAAAAGUCCCUUAUCAGAAACGUUGGAUGUAAAGCCUUCUGAUAUGACUUUACCACUAGCUCUUCCACUUGGGACUGAUGACUACCACAUGCUUCUGCCUGUCACAGAGAAUCAGUCCCCUCCAUCAGAUACGUUGUUGAGAUCAACUGCGAAUGGGUAUUCAGAACCACAAUUGAUUUUUUUUACAGCAAUUAUAUUGACUUUGUGA